AUGACUACUGAGGCGACAGAAGCACCAAAGCAGGAAAUAACCGAGCCUGGUGAUGCAGUCGUCGAGCAGGAAAAGAAAGAGAUAGUCGAGGAUGUCAUAAAAAUCGAAGAUCAAAUUAACGAAAAUGUGAUCAAACCAGAAGGAUCGCCAAAGAAAGUCAGACGCCAAAAUCCGGAAACGGAAGAAUAUAACUACUAUUAUUCAGAUGAUGAAAAUGCUAAACAACAACCAGAAACAAAAGAAGAAAAGCCAAAUACAGAAGUUUCGCUUAAAAACAGUCUUUUUGGGGCUUUAAAUAGCGAUAAACCUGCAGAAAAGCAAGAAACUCAAAAUCAAGAUGCAGGAGAAACUCUUGCAGAAAAAUUAUUAGAUAAUAACAACCCGCCACCAGCAGAAAACCAACAACAACCUGCCGAACAACCACCUACUGAAAAGCCUGAAGAAAAUAAAGAGCAACCCGAAGAAAAGCAAGAAAAUAACGAAAAAUUAGAAGCACCGAUUCAAGAAGUUUUACAAGAAAAAUUACGCAAUAUGGAUCCCAAUAAAAAGGAUGACGACGCUAAAGAAAACCAAAAUCAAGAAAAUCAAAACGAAAAUCCACAAAACCCAGAAAACGCUGCCGAACAACCAAAAGAACCCGAAAAUACUACAGAAUCUGCUGAAAAACCGGCUGAAGAACCUCAAAACGAGGUAAAGCCUGAAGAACAACAAAAUAACGAACAACAACCAGCUGAACCUGCAGAACAACCACAGCAGACUGAAGAUCAGUCAUUACAUGGAAUAAUACAAGAAAAAUUACUUGGUAAACAAAAAGAUGAACCAAAUCCCGAAAAUACACCAGAAAGCCAGCAACAAAACAAAGAGAACAAAGAGGAUAACAACGAACAAAAUGCCGAACAAACUCAGGAACCUGUAGAAGACCAAAAUCCAGAAAAUCAAGUUCAAAUUGUGGAACCGAACGAAAAUGAGAACCAGCAAGAAGGUCAGAAUCCACAGGAAAAUCCAGCUGAUCAACAGAGUCCCGAAGAUAAAGAGCUUGAAGAAGCAAUGGAUGAUAUGAUCAACAAAUUCCAAGCCCCGCCUCCACAUUUGCGCGCCAGGAUUCGCCAGAUCAUUAGUCAUAGAAGAGUCGAUGCAAUUGUCGCUGGACAAUACGAACAAGCCGAACUUCAAGACCGUUAUGAAAGAGCUUUGGCAAUUUCCCUUCAAGCUGAACAGGAUCGAGCAAAUGAAGACAAUAGGAUUGAUCUUUUAUAUGCCAGAUACGUCAAGCUUCAAGAACAACUCCAAGAUAUUAAUCAGAAAUACGAUGACGAAAUUAAAGCUUGCAAUGAUAACAGCCAGCAUUUACUUGAUCAGCUAAAAGAAAAACAUGCUCAAGAACUUGAUGAAUUCACGAAGAAAUGGAAUGAUGAAAAAUUCUUGCUUCAGUUCAACAAGCCAUCCUCCAAAUUGCUUCAGCUAAGAGAAAUGGAGAAAGCGCGUGCACUUUCCAGACUCUACCAGAAAGCCAAAGAAAUUAAAAUUAUUGCCGAUAGACUCCAGAACGAAGAAACGCAAGCUGCUCAACGACGAAUUAAUGCACAAAUGGAAUUUGAGAAGAAAAAGCUUCUCGCUAGGCAAGAGAAAGAAAUUAAAUCAAAUGAGGAACACCGAGCCAUUGUUAUACAGAACAAGAACUUGCAAAGGGAAACAGAGACGAGGCCGGUUCAAGUUGCGAUAGCCCAAAUUAGAGCGAAGAAAGGAACAAUUGUUGUUGCUGGAAAGCCUUCUUCUCAAGCUGUUACGAGAGAUUUUGCCGAUGCAGAUAAAUCUCCUCUUUCUCCAAGGACACAUGAAAAAUUAAACAAUUAUAGAGCAGUUAAGCCAAAACCAAGAUUAUCUGUUCAUGGUGCGGUAGAAUCAAAGCCUAAUUCUCCAAAGAAUCGGCCUAAAUCAUCUACUAUUAAGCGGCCUUUUACUUCAGCCUCUCAUAGAGGUAAGUUUACCAGAAAAUAA